CAAAAACCCUCCACAGCAUCUGCUAAAUUCAAGCCAAAAAUCCAUCUUUCUUUUUUUUGGCACAAAUUUCUCUCAGAUUUGGAGACAUGGGUGUGUUAGGAGAAGCUGCUACACAAGCCUUAAUCCCCAUUGCUUCUCUCAUUGGGAUUGGAUUUGCAUUGUUGCAGUGGUAUGUUGUGUCCAAGAUCAAGGUUUUUUCCUAUUCUGAGGAUUAUGCAUCCUAUGCUGAUGAGCAGCUCAUGCAGAAGCAGAAUGGGGAGGAGGAUGAGGAGGAGGAGGAGGGAGUCGACGGCGGCGUCGCGGCGGCAAAGUGCGGCGAGAUACAGAAUGCGAUUUCGGUUGGGGCGCAAUCGUUUCUUUUUACUCAGUACAAAUAUCUCGGCGCUUUCACUCUUACUUUCAGCUUGGUUAUAUUUCUAUUCCUGGGAUCGGUAAAGCGAUUCAGCACGAAGAGCGAACCGUGCACUUACACUCGGGACAAACUCUGCAAACCAGCACUUGCAAAUGCAGUGUUCAGCACAAUGUCUUUUCUGCUCGGCGCGCUCACCUCGGUUCUCUCGGGCUACCUCGGUAUGAAGAUCGCGACUUUCGCUAACGCGAGAACGACCCUCGAAGCAAGAAAAGGCGUCGGAAGUGCUUUUAGAACUGCUUUUAGGUCCGGUGCCGUGAUGGGAUUCCUCCUAGCCUCUAAUGGGCUCUUGGUGCUCUACAUCACAAUCAAUGUUUUUAGACUUUACUACAAAGAUGAUUGGGAAGGGCUUUUUGAGUCGAUCACCGGAUACGGGCUCGGCGGUUCUUCAAUGGCUCUUUUCGGGAGAGUUGGAGGAGGAAUUUACACAAAAGCAGCAGAUGUCGGCGCUGAUUUAGUCGGAAAAGUCGAGAGAAACAUUCCCGAAGACGACCCGCGAAAUCCCGCGGUGAUUGCUGAUAAUGUUGGUGAUAAUGUAGGAGACAUUGCGGGAAUGGGCUCAGAUUUAUUCGGGUCUUACGCAGAAUCCUCUUGUGCAGCAUUGUUUGUUGCUUCGAUUUCUUCGUUCGGUACCGACCACGACCUCUCCGCGAUCUCGUAUCCGUUGCUUAUCAGUGCAAUGGGGAUUAUAGUUUGCUUGAUCACCACACUCUUCGCCACCAACUUUUCCAAGAUCAAAAAUAAUACUGAGAUCGGGCCCGUAUUGAAGCGGCAAAUUCUCAUAUCGACCGUCUUGAUGACGGUGGGGAUUGCUGUCGUCACGUUUCUCGCUCUGCCUGCUUCAUUCACUCUCUUUAAUUUCGGAAGUGCGAAAAAUGUUAGGAACUGGCACCUCUUUUUCUGUGUUUCGAUCGGCUUGUGGGCGGGACUUGUAAUCGGAUACACGACCGAGUAUUAUACGAGUAAUGCUUAUAGUCCGGUGCGAGACGUCGCAGAUUCUUGCAGAACUGGGGCGGCGACGAAUGUGAUAUUUGGACUAGCCUUGGGCUACAAAUCGGUGAUCAUACCUAUAUUCGCGAUUGCUGUUGCUAUUUAUGUCAGUUUCAGACUCGCUGCGAUGUAUGGCAUAGCAAUUGCUGCUUUGGGAAUGCUCAGCACAAUUGCGACGGGGCUCUCGAUCGAUGCUUAUGGGCCCAUAAGUGACAAUGCCGGCGGGAUCGCCGAGAUGGCGGGGAUGAGCCGCAAGAUUCGGCAGAGGACAGAUGCUCUUGACGCCGCGGGGAACACUACAGCUGCGAUUGGCAAGGGUUUUGCCAUCGGAUCAGCAGCCUUAGUCUCUCUUGCCUUGUUCGGCGCCUACGUCAGUCGGGCCGGAAUCACGGCAGUCGAUGUUCUAAGUCCCAAAGUAUUCGUCGGAUUGAUCGUCGGGGCCAUGCUCCCGUAUUGGUUUUCUGCAAUGACGAUGAAGAGUGUCGGCAGCGCGGCAUUAAAGAUGGUCGAAGAAGUUCGAAGGCAAUUCAAUACGAUCCCGGGGCUUAUGGAAGGGAGGACUAAGCCAGAUUACGCGAAUUGCGUGAAAAUAUCAACUGAUGCUUCACUGAGAGAGAUGAUUCCACCCGGUGCGCUCGUUGUCGUCGCUCCUUUGAUUGCCGGUACCAUUUUCGGGGUGGAAACUCUUGCAGGGCUUCUGGCUGGUUCACUUGUUUCUGGUGUUCAGGUUGCUAUCUCAGCUUCUAACAGUGGUGGCGCAUGGGACAAUGCAAAGAAAUACAUUGAGGCAGGAGUAUCAGACCAUGCAAGAUCACUGGGACCGAAGGGGUCUGAUGCCCAUAAGGCCGCGGUAAUCGGCGACACAAUUGGCGAUCCACUCAAGGACACAUCGGGGCCGUCCCUUAACAUCCUCAUCAAGCUUAUGGCCGUCGAAUCCCUCGUCUUCGCGCCCUUCUUCGCUGCUCACGGGGGAUGGCUCUUCUAGAUAUGCUAACCAGUCUGUAUCGACGAAUGCCGAUGGAACUUCAGUAGAAAAUAUUAUGGUAGUUUUAUUUACUACACGGCUUAUCGCAGAGGGGACUCGAAAAUUUCAUUCAUUUGAUGCGGUCAAUUUGUAAUUCCAUUUAUUUACUGUCAUUGAAUAGGAAAUUGGCUUUCCUGUUGGGAUGUUGUUGCCACAUUGCAGUAGUUUUUUGUAGUUAAAAAAACAUCUUCCCAGUUCUAGUCAUGCCUUUGUGAA